ACUUUUUACAUGACGUUUGACGAAGGUAAAUGGGAGGAGCGGAGGUGUCAGGUGUAGAGGUAGGAAGUCAAAGGACAGAAAUCUUCAAAAAUUCCUGUUCAGAACAUCGAGUCCAUACAUUCGCAGGCUCCUCUGCUCUCAUGGCGCUGCACUCCUCAAAGUUUGGUGUCCUUCUUCUCCUGCUGGUGAUAGGUGCGGAGGCAAGGCUGAAAAGAACAAAGGCGUUGAAAAGGUCCAAGAGAGAUUGGGUCCUCCCCCCAACCAAGCUGUGGGAAAACACAGACUACACCAAGAAGGAGUUCAUCGCAAAGAUCCGUUCUGAUAAAAGCCAGAAAGCAACUGUGGAGUACUACCUCCGUGGACCAGGAGCUGACAAACCGCCCUUCAACCUCUUUGUGGUGAAUCACGGCAAUGGGUAUGUCCAGAUCACAGAUGUUCUGGACCGCGAGAAGUGCCAAGAGUACAACCUAAAAGGCAUCGCCCAACACCCCAAUGGGACGUUGGCGGAAGAAGAUAUUCCUCUAAACAUCAUUGUCCUGGACAAGAACGAUAAUGCUCCUACUAUUAAACGACAAAGAGGAACUGUCAAAGAGGCGAGCAAAAAGGGUACUUUGGUUAUGAGGAUCAAAGGUGAAGAUGCUGACCAGAAUGGAACCAUCAACGCAAACCUAACCUACAGCAUCGUCAGUCAGGAACCACCAGGCAAAGACCCCAUGUUCAUGAUCAAUAAAUACACAGGAGACCUGUAUGUGAGGACAGAACCGGACAGAGAGAUACAGAGUCUCUACAAGCUGGUGAUUAAAGCAACCGACAUGGGAGGGGCGCCAGGAGGGCUGACUGGGACAGGAACUGUGGAGAUUAAGGUGGAGGACAUCAAUGACAACAUGCCUGAUCUGGAAAAGUCUGAGUAUACGGGCUCAGUGGAUGAAAAUGUUGUUGACGUGGUUGUCAUGAGAAUCAAAGCUCAGGACAAGGACGAAAUAUUUACGGACAACUGGCUGACUGUCUUUAAAAUUGUCAAAGGGAAUGAAGAUAAUCUCUUUUCCAUUGAGACAGACAAAGAAACCAAUGAAGGCAUUCUGAAGCUGAUCAAGCCGGUGGAUUUUGAAAAGGUCCAGAGCCUGGAUCUUGGCCUGCAAAUUGAGAAUGUGGCUCCUUUUGUCAAUGGCACUGCGUUAGAACUUGGUGUAAGCUUUGGAGGUGGACAAUCCGGCGGCACAGGAGGUGGAGCUGGCACUGGAGCUGGCGUAGGUGUAGGGGUAGGCCUGGAUGUGGAUGCAGAAGUAGAUUCAAAUGUUGAUACUGGUCUGGAAGGAGAGCUGGGUGCAGGACUGAAUGUGGGCAUAGGGAUGGGUACAGGAGUAGGAGGAGGACUUGGGACAGGGGGUGGGGCCAAGCCUGUGGCUGGGCCUGCUGCUGGACCUGGCGCCGGGCUUGGUGGAGGUGCUGGAACUAAACCUGUAAAACCAGUGAAUUCCGGGUCAGGACCCAGCCAAAUGCCAGGUAGUGCCAAAAGCUAUCCCAUCAAGAUAUUAGUGAAAAAUGUUCCAGAAGGACCGGCAUUUGCACCCUCCACCAAGGAGAUUCCUCUGUCAGAAGACCCAAGCAAAAUACCCAAAGAUGGCAUCAUUGGUGUUUUCCUAGCAGUUGAUCCAGACACUGGAGAGAUAGCUGAAGAUGUCAGCUAUGCGAAAGCAUAUGAUCCAGACAACUGGUUUACAAUAGAUGAAGAAACUGCUGAGAUUAAACUCAACAAGAAACCAGACAGAGAGUCUCCUUUCUUGGUGAAUGGGACCUAUAUUGGCAAACUUCUUGCAAUAAGUAAAGACAUGCCCCCCAAAACAGCCACUGGAACCAUCGCCAUCCAAGUGGCUGACUCCAACGACCACUGUCCCACUCUCAGCAGCACUGCCAGCACUCUGUGCUCUGACAAAAACACCGUGUUCAUCACCGCCUUUGACGAAGACGCCUAUCCUAAUGCAGCUCCGUUCUCCUUUGCCAUCGUUCCUGAAGGAACAAAGGGCAGCUGGGAUUUGGAAGUCAUCAACGGAACUACUGCUGCUCUCCAUUCCCAGAUAGCUCUGUGGCCUGGGGUGUAUGAGCUGCAAGUGGAGGUGAAGGACGCUCAGGGUCUGUCCUGUCCAACUGCCGAGGUUUUCAUUGUUGAUGUCUGCAUCUGUGAGGAAACAGAGGAAUGCACGCCGAGGAUGAAUCUCCUGAAAUCCACAUCUGUUGGGAUGUCAGCAGGAGCCAUUGGCCUGCUGUUGAUGGCGCUGUGCUUGCUGCUUUUCAUCCCUCUUAUCCUGAUCACUUGUCAGUUUGGAGGAAAAGAUAAGGUUUUCCCUGAGCAGUUCAUUGAUCUGGAUACAGAAAAAACAGAGGGGCUGAUGUCUUAUAGCACUGAAGGCCGCGGCGAUGACAAGACUCCUCCCCAGAGUCCUCUACAUCGGCCGACUGCUAAAGGAGGGCUUACAGCAGCAAAUGUCGUCAAUGUCUCCACAACGGUCAGAGAGACUCAUUACGUGGCAGGCCGCACAAAAUCCAUGAUGCAGUCGCAUUACGCCCAACCAGAACUUGUUCACAGAGAAGGAUCUCACAAAUACUUUGGGGGGAGUUAUAACCACACCAUGUUUGAGAACCAAAUGCAGAGCAGAGCAGCUCUGGCUGAGGACAUGACUUUAUCUGCAGCUUAUUGGAAGAACUACUUUUCACAGAAAUGCAGGCUUGAAUUGAAUGAUAUAUACCCUGUCAAAGUAUGGGAGUAUGAGGGCCAGGGGUCAACCAGUGGCUCUUUGAGCUGCUGCAGUCGUCAGGACUCCACCGAUAACCUGAACUUCCUUGCUGACCUUGGAACAAAGUUCAAGACUUUGGCUGAGAUUUGUUCCCCUCCUUCAUCACCUGUCAGAUCAUCUGUGACACAGACAGCAAUGGCUGCUCCCAGAAGGACAUCUGAUUUGAUUGAACCAGUUUUUAAGCCUGUAAUUGAAACAAAGUCCCUCAUCGAAACAAAGUCUAUUAUUGAAACAAAGCCUCUUAUUGAAACAAAGUCUGUUAUCGAAACAAAGCCUCUUAUUGAAACAAAGUCUGUUAUCGAAACAAAGCCUCUUAUUGAAACAAAGCCUCUUAUUGAAACAAAGCCUCUUAUUGAAACAAAGCCUCUUAUUAAAACAAAGCGGUCUAAUGGAACCACAGAGAAAGCUGCAGUGUCUACAAAUGUCUUUACUUCGGCUUCAAAUGAAGUUAGCAGCUCCCAUUCAUCCAUGAGUCUUCCCCACUCUCAGAUGACAAACAUCGGCCAUUCCUCUGAUGUGGGGUAUUCUUCUUUGCUGCAUUAUCCCACUCAGAGAGUCACGCUGCAGGAGCCAUUUUGCUACAACGUCAACAAUUUACUGCAACCUAUGCAGUACAUGGUGGCACCCAAUCUACAGAACAGCAUCAUGCUUGAGGACUGGUCCAGUGCAACCAACCUUUCAGGCAUGGUUAUGGUCAAUGGCUCCCAGGGUCUAUCUGAAGCUUUUGUUAGUGGCGCUCCAGUUUCUCUCACAGGGUUGGUCACCUCAAACACAGAGGGCUGUGUAAACUUUCAAAGUCCUGCCAGUCCAAUAAGUCCAUUUAGCGCCACGGUACUGCUGCCUGGCUCCCCAGCUUCUGGAGAAGUCCUUAUGUCCCCAGGAUCUGUCUCUAUGGACAGCUGGAGAAUAAUGCCACAAAAUUCUAGUGACAAAUACAUGUUACUCUCUGGUGGUCCAUUAGAGGUUGAAGAAAAAGACCCAAAACAUUUCCAGAUAAUGGUUUCAAACCAAACUUAUUAAGACAACAUUAUAAGGAUUUUCUCAAAUUUGAGCUCUGAAAAAAAUCAACAACAGCUGAUUCUAAAAAAAAAAGCCUCUAAAACCAGCCUCCAUGUUCAUUUAAGGGACUGGAACAUGUGAUACUCUGGGUUUGUUACAACUUUGGGAAAGUUAGAGUUUGUGUAAAAAUUCUGUAUCACAGCUAUACUUUUUUAUACUACUGAAAUGUUUACAUUUCUGCAUGACAUGUGAGUGUAAGUAAAUGUUCAACUGUAAUUGACUCGGUGGUCUUAGCCCAUUCCAGCCUGUUCUGACUCUUCUUUUCUCCUCCAAAGAUGCAGACGGGUUUAAGGACUUUUGGAGUUCUCCUUUGGACUUUGGGUUUCUCAGGUUUAUGGAGUCCCUGAACUUAACUGUCAUCAGAAAUUUCAAAUACUGGUUUGUUGUGUUUCUCAUGGACCAGUGUUGAACCCAACCCAACCAAACUGAGUAAAGAGAAAACGUUAAAGCAAUGGGACAAUAUAGAGCUAGUAUCAACUGAUGGGGUGUUUGGGUUUGGAUUACAGUUCUGGAUUGGGAAUAAUUCUCCUUUUUUGAUGGGAUGGUGCUGUUUCCUCUUCACUUCUGCAUUUUUCACCAGUAAUUGAUUCAGUGUGUUUGGAUGCCGUCUUUUCUCCACCUGCAGUAUUUGAAAUAAAAUGCUUCAUGCUAAACCAAAAA